UGUAGUUUUGUUAAUAUUCUUAGAGAAAUUAAUGACGAGCGGUUAAUUUAAUUUGUUCACAUAAAUCAAAAUACAAUAACAAAGAUAAGAUAUGAUAACGAAUAAUGAAACUACGUUACAUAAGUAUUUAAUGGAAGUUAAGGUUAUUCGUUUUAUUACAUAGAACCACGUACCAAAGGUAUCGUUGAUAAUGUUAUUAAAGAUAGUUAAAAAAUAAUUGCUUUACGCAGUGUCUAAUAAUUAAAUGUUAGUACAGCUGUGUAAAAUUUGGGGUUACUACAGUGAUACAUUGUAACAUAGUGAUUUAAAAGUAUUUCAAGUUCAUUGUCAUGAAACACGUACAAUUCAAGACGUGUAUCGAACAUCGAACAUCCGGUUCUAUGUGACUCCCUCUGAAAACGCGUAGAGAAUACACCCGACCGAAACAAACCCAAGAGAAAAAUGGUGAGCACAGAAAAUGAUAGUCAAGAUCAGAAGGAACUAAAUGUUGACGAAAAUAUGGAUGAAAAUCAACAAAACGGCGAACUAGUUAAUACGGAAAACACUGAGGAAAGAGAUGUAAAUGCAGAAACUGAAGAUCAGAGGACGAUAUAUCAGCCUUCAAGACUUGAAUCUUUCUUUGCAAUUAUAAAAACAUUGAUUAUUCGUUGCCUCAUUAUCUACUUCAUUAGCUAUUUGUUUAGACGUCCUCAACCCAAUGCUGUUAAUCAGACACCUGUACAUGCUGUAAACGUGUUUGAAAAUGGGGCACUGUUAGAUUUACAUGUUUUUUUAUCGGAACACGAGAACAUUGAUCAGUUUGAUGUCCCAAGAACAUUAAUAUGGAAAGAACGAGGAUUGAUAUAUGGAGAUUGGUAUAGCGGACCAAAUAAAGAUGGCCAGAGAUAUUUAGAAUAUAAAUUUACUCCAUCGGAUCAUGUAAAGAGCAAUGGGAAUAUAUAUCUUCAUGUGUAUGUUACAAAAAGUGGGAUGUCUCCUAAUCCAAAAGCAGGGAAGAAUCGUUAUGCUGGAGAAAAUAUGUCGUAUUCUAAAAAAAUGUUGAAUAAACUUAAAAAGGUAAAAUAUCAGAAAAAACAUAAUUUAUUGACUGGAGAAACUGCUGUCAAUAGAGAAGAAAUUGAGAAAGCUGAAUCAAUGAAUGAACUUGUAUCCCAUUGGCAUCCCAAUUUAACUAUCAACUUGGUAACUGAUCAAACUCACUGGGAGUAUGGUCAAGUUCCAUCACCAUUAGAUAGUUAUAUCAAAUUCUCAUCCGAAGGGAUGUUUUAUAAGCCUGUAAUAUACUUGAAUGACUUUUGGAACAUGCAAAGGGACUAUCAGCUCAUAAAAAAUACUACAAAUGAACUUGAACUUAAAUUAAACUAUCAGCCUCUGUCGUUAUUUAAAUGGCAAAUUUAUUCAGCUCCAACAAUGAGAGAUAAAUGGACAUCCAUGUUCAUGGGAGAAACAACAGCCGAGGACGAAAAUGAUCAAGAUACCAUGAAAGAAACAUUAUUGGAUACCAAUCCGUAUUUGUUGGGUCUGACUAUCAUUGUAUCAACAUUACAUAGUGUAUUUGAAUUCUUAGCAUUUAAGAAUGAUAUCCAAUUCUGGAACAAUCGUAACUCUUUGGAAGGUUUAUCAGUUCGAUCAGUAUUCUUCAAUGUGUUCCAGUCAUUGAUUGUGUUACUAUAUGUCCUUGAUAACGAAACAAAUACAGUCAUACGAAUUAGUUGCAUAAUAGGCUUAUGUAUAGAAGCGUGGAAAAUUAAUAAGGUGGUAGAUAUUAACGUAAAUAGAAACUCGAAAAUUCUCGGUGUUUUUCCAACAAUUAGUUUCCACGAUAAAGGGUCGUACGUAGAAUCUUCCACAAAAGAAUACGACAGACUUGCUUUCAAAUAUCUAUCGUGGGCUCUGUACCCUCUUUUAGCAGGAUACGCGAUCUAUUCAUUAAUGUAUUUAGAACACAAAGGAUGGUAUUCUUGGGUCCUUAAUAUGCUUUAUGGAUUUUUACUAACGUUUGGAUUUAUUAUGAUGACACCUCAAUUAUUUAUUAAUUAUAAAUUAAAGAGCGUGGCGCAUCUUCCAUGGCGUAUGAUGUCUUACAAAUUUUUAAACACUUUUAUCGAUGACAUUUUUGCAUUCGUUAUCAAGAUGCCAACACUAUAUAGAAUUAGCUGCUUCCGUGACGACAUAAUUUUCUUCAUAUUUUUGUACCAAAGAUGGAUAUACAAAACCGAUCACACCAGAGUAAACGAAUUCGGUUUCUCGGGUGAGAUGGAAGCAAAGAUAACAAACGAUAAAAAGCAGAAAGCUAUUAAGGAUCGUUCGAAAGAUAAGGUGGCUAAAAAGAACGAUUAACAUCCGGUACAUAAUGUUAGCGUUGACUAUAUUAUUCGAACUUUAUCUGAAAUUAAUAAACUUAUUAGUACCAAAGGAUAUAUCUACACGCAUUUACGUGUAUCUCGGUAAAUUUGAUAUAACUGUGUGUGUGUAUGUAUAUAUUCUUUUUUGGUUUUGAUAUUUAGUCCAAUGAAAAAGCCUUGCAAAAAUAUUGACAUUCUUGUAAUUAAGGAUGUCUGUAUACGUUGCGUCGGGCGAAUAAAUUAUCAGGAUAAGUUUAGUACGAGCCACAAAAAAUCUCGUCUAUUCUCUUAGGAAAUUGUUGUCACCGUGCUUAGGUUCCAACAUUUGUGUUUAACUUUUUUAAUUUGAAUGCUUUGUAAUUGUUAUCGUCUUGUACGAUAUUGAACAAAUAUAAAGUUUAUUUCAAUAUUUAGAUAAUACUUCAAAAUAAAUACGAUUCCCUAUUCACACAAAGAAAAAUAAAAUGAAAAAUCGUCCAAAUUAUACGCGUACACGUGUGGAAUAUUUGGCUAAAUAGCUUAAACAGGAAACGACGAUAUAUGUAUUUUAUGUAGACACACUAUCUGUGCAUUUACAGCAAAGUUGAAACGAUGAUUUUGCGGUAAAUUUUGUCUACAUAGGAAACUAAGACAAAAUAUUUUUCCAGAGUAUGGUAUAUAAAUUCUAGACGAACAAAGGUUGGUGUAACAAAUGCUAAAAGUGAAAUUACGAUCGCUCCUAGUUACGACCACGAUUAUUGUUUUUAAUAAAUCAAUGUCUCCAAUAAAUAUUUAAUAAUUUUA